GAAAAGAGCUGGAGUGGUGCUCGACCAAUUAAAUUCAGUAGAUUUUUAUUUACCGCGUAAGCGUUUAUAAAAGGCCUCGAACGCUCUCAAACAGCCAUAGAAAGUAAAACCGUUGAGUUAUCUUUGAGAUCUCAUUUAAACUUUACAACGCCGAGAAAAUGCGUGAGUGUAUCUCAGUACAUGUGGGUCAGGCUGGUGUUCAGAUUGGCAAUGCCUGCUGGGAACUUUACUGUCUAGAACAUGGGAUUCAGCCAGAUGGACAGAUGCCUAGUGACAAGACUAUUGGAGGAGGGGAUGACUCUUUCAACACCUUCUUCAGCGAGACUGGAGCUGGAAAACAUGUCCCCAGAGCAGUUUUUGUGGACCUGGAGCCAACUGUGAUUGAUGAGGUGCGUACAGGGAUCUACCGGCAGCUGUUUCACCCCGAACAGCUCAUCACUGGCAAGGAGGAUGCUGCCAACAACUAUGCUCGUGGACAUUACACCAUCGGCAAAGAGAUCAUAGAUCUGGUGUUGGACAGAAUCCGCAAACUGGCUGACCAGUGCACUGGUCUUCAAGGCUUCCUGGUUUUUCACAGCUUUGGAGGUGGUACAGGCUCUGGUUUUACCUCUUUGCUGGUGGAGCGUCUGUCUGUCGACUAUGGCAAGAAGUCCAAGCUGGAGUUCUCCAUCUACCCAGCUCCUCAGGUCUCCACUGCGGUGGUGGAACCAUACAAUGCUAUCUUGACCACCCACACAACCCUAGAGCAUUCUGACUGUGCAUUCAUGGUGGAUAAUGAGGCUAUCUACGACAUCUGUCGCAGAAACCUUGAUAUUGAACGUCCUACCUACUCCAACUUGAACAGGCUGAUGAGUCAGAUUGUGUCCUCUAUUACAGCGUCCCUUCGUUUUGAUGGUGCACUUAAUGUUGAUCUUACAGAGUUCCAGACCAAUUUAGUACCAUAUCCCCGCAUCCACUUCCCUCUGGUCACCUAUGCUCCUGUAAUCUCUGCUGAGAAGGCCUACCAUGAGCAGUUAACUGUGGCAGAAAUUACCAAUGCUUGCUUUGAGCCAGCAAAUCAAAUGGUAAAAUGUGACCCUCGUCAUGGCAAAUAUAUGGCCUGCUGCCUUUUAUAUCGUGGUGAGGUUGUGCCUAAAGAUGUCAAUGCUGCGAUUGCCACUAUUAAAACUAAGCGCACCAUCCAGUUUGUGGAGUGGUGCCCUACUGGUUUCAAAGUUGGUAUCAAUUACCAACCACCCACUGUUGUUCCUGGUGGUGACCUGGCCAAGGUCCAGAGAGCUGUGUGCAUGCUAAGCAACACCACUGCUGUUGCUGAGGCCUGGGCUCGGCUUGACCACAAGUUCGACCUGAUGUAUGCCAAACGUGCCUUUGUUCACUGGUAUGUGGGUGAGGGCAUGGAGGAGGGAGAGUUUUCUGAGGCCAGGGAGGAUAUGGCUGCUUUAGAGAAGGAUUAUGAAGAGGUUGCAGUUGAUUCUGUUGAUGGUGAGGGAGAAGAGGAGGGUGGGGACUAUUAGAAACAUGUUCUAAACAGUAUUAGUAAUUAUAUUGUGUUUUAAACGGCCUGUAUAGUAAAAUACUAGUUCACAUGUGUUUACAAUGUCAGUUUUUAUCAAAACAACAACCAUAUGAAGUUCCUAAGGAAGUUGGGAUAGAGCAUUAGGGGACUUUCCUGUAGUUAAGCUCUUGUGAAACUCAAGAUGUAAUAUGAGUUGUUCCUUCACACAAUUCAGAGGUUUGUCUAGCAAAUGUAUGUUGAGAAGAUAAACUGAUUAAAGAUUCUUCAAAGUCAGUCAAAGUAAAAA